AUGGCCGAGACACAUCACUUCGAUGCAUCAAAGCUUUUCAGCGUCAAGGGCUUCGUGGCCGUAAUCACAGGGGGCGGAACUGGGAUUGGUCUGAUGGCCGCACAAGCUUUGGCAGCAAACGGAGCUAAGGUGUACAUCACCGGUCGCCGGAUGGAGGCUCUAGAGAAUGCAGCAAAGACUCACGAUCCUGUCCACUCUCUUGGCGGAGAGAUAAUCCCCAUUGGUCCGUGUGAUGUCACCAAGAAGGAGGAUCUGCAGAGGUUGGUGACCGACCUGGGCAAGAAGGAGAAGUACAUCAACCUUCUCAUGUGUAACGCUGGCGUGGCUGGCCCCAAGGCGGAACCAAAGCACGAGAACGCGGAAGACCUGAAGGCAGCGCUAUGGGAUAACGAAAGCGUCGAGGAGUGGCAGAACACCUUCAAUGUCGACGUCACGUCAGUCUACUUUACCACCGUUGCUUUUCUGUCCCUUCUCCAAGCCGGAGUGAAACCAAACGGGCCCCUCGAGGCCUUCGCACCCUCCGUUAUCACCACGUCCUCCAUGUCGGGCAUCAUGCGACACGCGCAGGGACACUUCAGCUACAACACUGCGAAAGGUGCCACCGUCCAUCUCACCAAGCUCAUGUCGUCAGAGUUCCAGAAGGCCAACAUCAGGGUCAACUCGAUCGCGCCGGGCUAUUUUCCCUCAGAGAUGACGGCGAAGUCAAGUGAUGAUCGACAGAAGAGUCACGUGGCACCCGAGAAGAUCCAGGAGAAGGGGCAUGUGCCUCUCAUGAGGCCUGGAAGAGACGAGGAGAUGGGAAUGACGGUCUUGUACCUGGCGAAAAACCAGUAUGUUAACGGAGAGAUCAUUGCGGUUGACGGCGGUGUGCUCAAUGUCCUCGCUGGACGCUGA